AUGGAAAGGAAAGUGAGAGAAAAGGAGGCAAGAGAAAGGAAUAGGAGUGCGAGCAAGGAUUGUAUAGAGGACUUCCUCAAGAAAAGAAAAAGAGAGGAGGGUAUAGGAAGAGAAGGAAAGGAGGAAGGAGGAGCAUUCAACAAAAGUAGGAAAACACUGAGAUCACCGGACGGGAAAGAACAGAAGGAUAAAGAGGAAGAGGAAAAUAAGGAGUGUGCAAAGAGAGGAGUGGUAAAAGGGGAAAUGGAAAGGGAGAUAAAGGAAUGGAAAGAGGAGAUGAAGGAAAUGGCGAGAAUAAUGUUGGAGGGGAUGAAAGACAUAAGGGAGAUAAAGGAACAGGGAAAAAGCAUGAAAGAAGAGUUAGAGGGAUUGAGAAGAGAUAUAAGAGAGAAAGAAGAGAAAUGA